ACGAACAAGCAGUGGGUCAACUUUCCAAGUAAGCGUAUUAUAAAUCUCGUUUUCUCUUUCUAAGGGGAAUGUAUGGAAAAGUACAGUGGAGGUGGUUACAAACAUGCCUCUAAGUACAACCAAAAUUCAACAUGUGUGGAAGGUGGAGGUGAAUGGUUUGAGUUCAGUAACUACUUGGAAGAACCGACUGUGCAGUAUAAUAGCAAAGGAGCUUGUGAUGGCGCCAGUACAAAAAAUAUCUGGGGAAUACCUUACAGAACACAGGACUUGGAUACUAAGCCACUCAAGGAGAAGUGUUUGAUAGGUUUGGACAAACCACAGUGUGAACUAGCUCCCUGGUCACGUGAUAAUCACCUUGGCAACGGCCGCGAUGGCGUCCCGUUGAAUUAUACUUGGGUACUACCCCAUUUUCAGAAAGAUCAACGUUGUAUUUUUAGAAUAAGGUAGGAAACGAUUCUGAUUAUACUAUUCGGAUUUUAGUUGCAUAGAUAAAGUUAUAUUCAGAUUUUCUUCAUAGCUGUUUAUCUUGUAGAUAUAACAUCUCAACAGAUGACUAUGAUCCCUUCAACACCAACAGCAGCCACAACCAGAACUUGUAAGUACGAACAGAAAUGGACGUUCCAGGUCCAGAGCCCCUACGUACAUACGUAAAAACGGAAACGUACUGAACAAACCUGCAGCAGAUUUGUAGCAAUGCUGUUCCAACAACUUGUCGACAGGAUGUUUUCGUACUGCUUGUUCCCAGCUUGUUGACAAGUUGUCUUGUUGACAACUUGCCACAAGGUUGUUGGGCUUAACACUGUUAACAGUCUUGUUACAAGUUGUGUUGUUCUGACAACUUGUUAUCGUCCUGCAAUUCAACAAUUUGUCAACAAGUUGCGAGUGACAACCUUGUAACAACUUGAUUAAAUAACAGCAUUGUUACAACUUGUUGACAAGCUUGCUACAAGCCUGUUAAGAACACAUCUUGUUGAGAAGUUGUGAGAUUUUUACGUUAACUUUGUACGUUUGUGUCGUUCGCCAUAGCAUUUUACAGUUAGCUUUUGAGUUCAACGGCGAGGUACGUAUUUCUAAAAAUCAACGUUGUCUAAACCGAGAAAAUCAAAGCUAAAGUUUUGUAAAUUAACAUGACUUUUUAUCACAUAUAAAACCACCGACACGGCAGUGAUUUCCUUUGUCUUUUCCGCAUGAAAUAUUAAUGCUUUUUUAAGCAUAAUUUUGUUUUGUGGAAGCAGCACAUACAUUUACGUGAUACUUACUUGCAACUGUGCCCCUAAUCCUAUUGUGCGCGACACAUGAGGAUAUAACCAGCAUCUAUUCCUUUGUUUAGAGCUGGUUUGGUGAUUUCUCCAGUUCAGCAAAAUGAGCUGGUAGAUAUUGGUGCAGCUCAGACACCUCUUAGACUUGCAAUCAACACCGCACAAUAUGGACGUACUUUCCAAGACAGAUCUCAUGUAUUUAAGCUAAAGAAACGUCCAGCUGGAAUUGCAGAUACUGACACCAUCUACAACCUGAAUGUCAGGGGUAAACGCGGCAACAUCGUGCAAACAUACCCGGCUGUAGAGUAUGAUUUUAUACCCAACAAAUUGACCUUGAUGGAAAACGACCUGGUCCAUAUUCAAUGGACAGGUAUAUAAUAAGAAUUUUUUUGCAAUUUAAUUAAGACUGAUUUCCAAUCAUCCCGCACAUUUAUUCGUAGUGUUUUGUAUAUAUUAGUGUGAUUUGGUUCACAAAUUGUUAGAGUGCUUGAUAACAUAAAGAUAAAGCGAAUAGUAUAGUGUAGUAAUUCGUCUCGGAACUAGCUCUGGUACACUUGCUGACUCACUGUCAUAUAUUCCAUUCCUCCAGGUUCAAACACUCACAACAAUGGAAACCCAGCUGGGGAUGGACAAGCUGGUAACGCCGGCGAAGGUAGAGAAGGUACGUGACGCGUUUCCAGGCCACCUCGGUCAACAGCUUGCACCAGACUAUUCCCUAGUCCUCUGUGCAUGCCUUUGUUUUCCCGUAACCUGAAGUAACCUGCAUAUUAAUGAGAACGCGUACUAAGAGGCCUAGGGAGUAGGCUGAGCUUCCAAACGUUCCCUUCCAAACGGAACGGAUUAUUACACAUAUUUUUAUAUUUGGAACCUUUAUGGAAGAAACAUAAUUAUUAUGUAACUUCCAUAAAGGUUCCAAAUAUGGUAUCCUACUAACUUUCGUUACUUGCUAUCCCAGGUACGGACCGCAGCAACAUCGUCGAAGUACUGGACCCGAUAGACAACUACCCAGUCCCUUUCGAGAACUCGACCAUGUUCUCUGGAGCCAAACUAGUCUGGUCUAGCUCGGAUCAGACAAAAACUUUAAACGACGUGGCUGUCAGUUUGGCAAGUGUUGGCUACUACAGCUGUCUCACUGGAUGCAAUAGUUCCCCCAAGAAAAAGAAUCCCACGUUGAAUAAUUUGUUAAAUAAUGCUGCUGCAUCAUACGAAGGCAUGGUCUUACAGUUCGCCAAGGGCGAAUAUCAUUAUAUUUGUUCAAGGAAUAAUAAUUUCUCCAACCGCAGUCAGAAAGGAAUGAUUACUGUUGUGAAGAAACCGUAAUGAGUCACUAGAAAAUAUUUUUAUUAAACUAUUUAGGAUUUGCAAUGAUUUUGUAAAAUUGUACACCUCUAUUCCUAAUUUCAUGAGCACAUAUUUUUACUAAUGCAUAUUUGGUAAUAACGGGCGGAAAACGUUUUCAAAUUAUAACCCAAUUAUGAAUAAGGUAUUCUAACCUUACAUAAUGGUAAUUUUCAACAGAAUUGCAGGUUUGUAAUUCGUCAAUGUUUUUGCUGGCAUAACAUCCAUCCACUCAUAUUCCCACUGAAAUAAUUUAUUAAAUAUUUGUCUAAUUUUAAAGACGUACUAAUUAAGCAAUAACUCUUUUGUGUGAAUCAACAAUUUUCACGUCUGUAAAUAAUUUGGUGCAAUAUAUAUAUUGAAUAAAAACAGUUACAAUUUUUAAAGCGUUUUGU